UCGACUCUCGAGACACAGCUCUCAGUGGUUGCCCAAGGAAACAACCACUUCAAGAGCAAUGGCUAUCUCCAUGUUCCUGGGGCCAACAGGGGCAUCUUUGGUGGCACAUUGAUUGCCAAAUCGUUGCUUUCAGCUGCCAGAACUUUGCCAGUCAACGUCCAAACAGGCACCAGCGAUUUCAAGCAGCACAGCAUCCACAACACGUUUGUGCUUGGUGGCGAUUCAUCCAUAGACUUGCAAUUCAGAGUUGAGAGAAUCCGAGAUGGCAGGAACUUCGUCACCAGAGAGGUCAAAGCGUACCAGAAUGGAGCAGUGAUAUUCAUAAGCAUCAUAUCGUUCAAGAAUGUGGGCAAUCCACAGGGAUCAAUGUCCAGCCUAGGACCACAGCUAAAGUACCAGCCAAUGCUUGACUUGGAUGGAAUCGCAGAGGUGGACGAGUGCAUAUCUGUCCAGGACAUCGAUUUUGAUGCGAGAAUCAGAAAGUCGUUUGAGAGCGAUCCUCUUGAGGUGAGGUUUCCAAGAGAGUAUUUUGACGAUGUUGACAAUGUUGACGAUGUUGAAGAUGGGUCAUUGAAGAACAAAAGGGACAAAAAGCACAGAAACAGCUACAAGAUGAGGGCGCUGCUAUUCAGGCCAUCUUUGGCUGUGUAUUUAAGGAAAAUGUAUUAUUGGAUUAGGGUCAAGCCCAGAAUACAGAACCAUUGUGAGUUCAAUCAAAUUGGAGUGUCGUAUCUAUCAGAUGCGUUUUUUCUAUUGUGUGUGAUGCCACUAUCUGAUAGGAAGCUCUACUCGUCGCUGUUUUCAGUGUCGAUGGACCACAGCAUAUACUUCAACAUGGAUUUGGACCACGAAUCAGACUACCGGUGCGACGAGUGGAUGGUGUUUGUGGUAGAUUCUCCAAAGUCAUCCAAUGGGCUAAGUUUGGUUACAGGUCAGAUAUAUCGCAGUGAUGGGAAGCUAAUUGCGUAUAUUGUUCAAGAGGGAUUGGUGUCGAUA